AACCAAGCCGCCCAUUAUCCAGAACGAUGAUUUACCUAAUUGGGUGUCCUUCGGGAUAAUAUUAUGCGACUGUUAAGCGCUGUUAGGGAACCGGCCGGAGUGCGGACGCUUAGAACGCACAAAAUCGAUAAAGGGUUUUUUCAAUCAAAUCCAACGAGUUUAGCAAAAAUACCGACGGUAGAGACUCAGAGCGGUUUGUGAGCACAGUCGCUGAAGGUGUUUCUGGACUUGUCCAUCGAAAUCCGCUCAAUCCAAGGCUCCAAUCGCUCAAACGGCAAUAAUCGAAUGCUUUUCCACGUCAUCCCGCCAGUCGAGGUUCGUAAUUCCCGUGGAGAGGAGUAGUUAGUGUUUGGUGUGAGGUGCGUCGUUUAUCAUACGCUGAAUGAAGACUUCGAUGCUGUUUUAUUAUUACGCUGUUUACUCAAACUGAUGAAUGGGGCCACGGUGUGAUGGAUGCAAGAGUAGUGGUCUUGGGGGAUGGAUAAUGAACAACCCCACCAGGAGUUGGUCAAGUGUGUGGUGGUCGGCGACACGGCGGUGGGCAAAACACGCCUGAUCUGUGCCAGGGCGUGCAACAAACAGGUGUCGUUAGCGCAGCUGCUAGCGACCCACGUACCAACAGUAUGGGCAAUCGAUCAGUACCGAAUCUACAAAGACGUGCUGGAACGUUCUUGGGAGGUGGUGGACAGCGUCAAUGUCAGCCUGCGGCUCUGGGACACAUUCGGCGACCACGAAAAGGACCGGCGCUUCGCCUACGGACGCUCGGACGUGGUUUUGCUAUGCUUCAGCAUCAACAACCCCAUAUCGCUGCGCAACUGCCGCCUGAUGUGGUUCCCAGAGAUCCGUCGGUUCUGUCCCAGCACUCCAGUUCUGCUGGUCGGCUGCAAGAACGACCUGCGCUACAUGUACCGAGACGAGGCGUACUUGUCGCACUUCCGGGACCGCAGCCCCUUUGUGAGGGCGACGCGCAAAAGCGAUCUGGUGAUGCCGGACGAGGCGCGGGACGUCGCCCGCGAGCUCGGCCUCUACUACUACGAGGCCUCCGUUCUUACCUAUUACGGAGUUAACGAAGUGUUUGAGAACGCGAUCAGGGCCGCACUAAUCGCACGGAGGGCUCAGCGGUUCUGGAUGACGAAUUUGAAAAAAGUCCAACGUCCCCUUUUCCAGGCGCCAUUUAAGCCACCGCCGCCACUGAAGCCCGAAGUCCUCGAAGGCUCCAGCACUUUCACUGAGCAAAUGGAACACAUGUGGCUUGGUAGAGCACAUACGGACAUAGUCCUCGUAGUGGGGUCCAUGGGAUUCCCAGCGCAUAGAUUCGUACUUGCGGCUAGUAGUGGAGCGUUCUAUCGUUUAUUAACCGUUGAUUUACUGGCACGUAGUACUAGUGAUUCUAGCAUGGUAAGUUCUUUGGGCGACUUCGCCGACGAAACCGAGUACUUGGUGAGGGCGGAACAGAAGACGUGCAAGAGAAGGGCCAGCUGUCAGGCUUUGCCAACAGCAAGAGAGUUGGACCAUCCGGCGUUCCAGUGCAUCAGAAGCGUCCAACCCGAAGGUCAGACGGUUGUAACUCUUUCGAAGUUGGUGACGCCCAGCGCAAUGCAACAGUGCUUGCAGUUCGCCUACACUGGUACCGUGAAUCGCAGCGCACUUAAUUUACAGGAGACACGAGAAGCUGCGGAAUUUCUCGAGCUGCCGCAGCUGUUAGUGUUACUAACAAGGCACCCGUUCGUCGCACCCGAUCCUCCGGACGAAAACUACGAGAACUUCCUCAAGCGGCGAUUCCAGGACGUUUGUCUAGACCAAGGGCUGUUUGCCGACGUGAUUUUUGAGCUGGACGACGGAGUCUGCACGGCCCACAAGUCCAUGUUGGCCGCCCGCUGCGAUGUCAUGAAGGCCAUGUUUAGUGGCGAUUUUCGCGAAAGUCAAGCCAAAGUGAUCGAGUUUCCUGGGGUGAGAGAGUACACUUUCCACAAGCUGCUAUGCUUCAUGUACACUGACGAGAUCCCUGCAGUGUCAGCUUCAAGAUGUGUGAACAUUCUUGAGCUGGCCAACCGACUGUGUCUGCCUAGACUAGUCAAUUUGGUUGAGACGAGAGUGAUCGAGGAUCUGGAGUGCCUGCUGCCGUCAGAGGCAAUCGAACAAUGUCUAAGACUUUUAGAGCCCGUUAAGCUGCACAACGGACACCAGCUGGCAGACUGGUGUAUGAACCAUCUGUGCAUCAACUAUAACAAACUGUGUCGAAUGUCUCCGCGAAAUCUUCGGCUUCUUCAUCCAGACAAUCAGGCAUAUCUUGUUGAACAUCGAUGGCCUCCAGUAUGGUAUCUCAAGGAUUACGACUACUAUCAGAAAUGUCUGGCCGAGCGCGACAAAGAAUUGAAGCCGAAUGAGAAGAACAGCUCUGGGUGUCUCUGCUUCUCACGCAAAUCUGAGUCUGAUCCUGCCCUCUCUUCAAGCAAUCUUUGAUAUUAUUAGGUUCCUUCAACGGUCAGGUGAGCCGGGUAUGAACCACCGCGUUGUUGCAGGAAAAUCACAUAUCAAAACGGAUUGUUUUCUUUCGUAGGCCCUAUUGGUUGCUGCUAGAUGUAAUAUGAUUUUUCCCAGAUAAUGCAAACUUUCAUACCUGGUUCUCUACACUAUUAAUCAUGUAAUGAUGUAAUGUCUAGUGGAUAUUUUGUGCCCAAUUAGUUGGUAGAAGAAAACAAUUCUGGCUGGCAUACGAGGCCGAUAAUGAAUCUUUCUGCAAAGGAUUACUUUAUUUUUUCCACGCAAACUUUCGACAUUAAUCAAACCAUUCAGGAACACGUUACUCUUUCAUACAUUGGAGUGCAUGCAUUCUUAGUUUCCUUUAUUAAGGUCCACUCUGCACUAAGGUACAAAUGUUACAAGUCAAUUAUCCUCCUCCUUGGCGAAUUCACAUAAUUGUUGAGAAUGAAUGAAAGUCGCACUUUAGAUGGUGACAUCCAAGGACCAAGCAAAUGUUCUCCACUCAUUUUUAAUUAGAAUACAAGCUUUUUAGAUAGGUGGAUACGUUCCAGGUAGAUGUUCAAUUAAUUAGUCACCGUAGCUUGAUGAAAGGAAAAUAAAGUAAUCCGAUGAAUAUGUGUCAGGUAUCUAUAUCUACCUUUUGGACAACAAACAAACCUUUUUAUAACAUAUACUUUAAUAAAUCACUUUAUUCUAA